ACUGAAGUCAGUGUGAUGGUGAGGGUGAACUACAUUUCCCAUGAUCCUUUGGCGUGACUGUCCUCAGACUGCACCGAGUCCACUCAAGUCAGUGUGAUGAUGGAAGCACAGCUGUGAAGUGUGAACAUCUUACGAGCUACGUUUUAUUCCCCAGCUGUCCUUCUCCUGUUGCCGGAUCAGCGUGUGCCUUCCUCCUCGUCAAAGUCAUGGAGAAACAAUAUCCACAGUCCUCGGUGGUGUUUCGAAAUGUGGGUCAACGUUACUUCCCCCAAACCAGAGUCGAGUGUCACUACAGCGUGACUGCAACCCAUCAGUGGAGCAGCAGUGACUGGAUUGGGAUCUUCAAGGUGGGAUGGUCGUCACUUAGCGAGUACCACACGUACGCUUGGUCGCUUGUCCCCGAAGGCUACGCCGAAGGAAGUGCUGUUGACAGCUGUGCACUUUUUCAAGCUUUCUACCUGCCUCGCCCCAGCCCGGUGGAGUACCGAUUCGUCUACGUCGACAAGAUGGGGAAAGUGUGCGCCCAAAGCCGACCCUUCACCUUGCGCCCCAAACCUCUGGAUGAGUUGGAGACCUUGAGUGAAGAGCGAAAUGAGGAAGAAGGAGGAGGCUAUGAUGACGAGGAGGAGCUGCUCCUCGUAGUCCCCAGAGCUCAGCUGCUCCAGAGUGAGCUGGACAAGUGCUUGAGGGAGAAAGCAGAGUUGCGGCAGGCUGUGCAGGAGGCCAAACAGGAAAUAGAGGAGGAGAGGAGGAGCAACGUAACAGCUAAGGUGGAAUGGGAGAGCGAAAGGGAUGCUUUGAAGGAGGAGUUAGACCAGCUCGGUCAAAACCUGACACAUAAAUGUGACGCCUUGAAGAAAGUGGAAGGAGAAAACAAAGAUGUGAAAAGCAGUGAGGAGAAUCUCUCCUCGGAACUGAGUCAACUUACGGAUGAACAAGCGCACAUUCAGCAACAAAUGAAAGACUUGGAAGAUGAAGUCAAGGUGUUGACUGAUAGAGAGAAAGAGACAAAAGUGGAGAUGGAAAGGCAGGAGGAGAUACUGAUGAAACUAUCAGCUCAGAUCAAAAAUGUCGAAGAAAAGAGAAAGUUGCUGCAGGCAGAGCAUGAAACUUCGCAGGCAGAGGUCCGCGGCCUGCAAGCUCGCCUGGAGGCGAGCGAGCGCUCAGCCGAGGGACUUCGCGGCGAGCUGAGGGAGCUGGGCACCCGCCAUGGGCACACCCACGCCGAGCUGCACCAAAGCCGACUGCAGGUGGCCCAACUGGGCCUGCAGCUCUCUGAGGAGAAGCUUCUUCUCAGGGAGGAGCGUGCCAACUGGGCCCUGGAGAGAGAAGCUUUCCGGAGUGCGGCGCAGGCUGACCACCAGAAAAUAGAGGACCUCAGGAUUAAAGUGCAAAGGGCGGAAGAGCGACUGCAGGAGAAGGAGAAAAUGCCGUUUUGGAGAGAGAAUGACAGUGAUAGUAAGCAGACUGACAGUGGCAAGAAACAAGUGAUGCAGGCCGUGGACCGCCGCCUUGCGAACUCUGUCUUCAGUGAAUCGGCGAGCUUCAUCAUGUGGUGAUGUAAAGAACUGUAAGAUUGUAGGGCUAAGAUUAAAGGAAGGGUAAAUUGAGGAUGGGUCAUUUUUCAAGAACUACUGACAUCACUUUUUUAACAAGUUCUAUAUCGCAUAAGUGCCAAUGUUGGGUGCGCUUUACUCUCCCUUAAGUGUGUCCCAUUUACACAUACACAAUUUCUUACACACACAAUUACUCUUACAUACAUUAAUACAACUUACUAUAUCCAGUUAUAAUUCAACAGCAACAGUCGACCUAAAAUUGGCCAGUAGGUGGCGGCAAUGUUCUUUAGUCGAAUGCGUCUAAUCAGAUAUGCACACCAAAUAUAUUGCACUAACUAACUAUACAACUAUAAGUGAAUCUUAUAAAAUGAAUAGAACAAUUAUGUUUGAAUGGCAACAUGUGGAUUCACAGGUUAACUGUACCUUCUGCCAUCUAGCACAAGAACAUUUAAUUGUCACUGUAUGCGAUAUAGGAAAGAACUUCAGAUACAUUAUUUGUUGUCAAAUUGUGCUUUUAUGACUUAUGAAAGGGAAAUCAUAGUUUUGUUGUGCUGCAACAGUGGUUGGGAGUCACUCCCUUCUAGCAUUAAUUCUUAAUGAAUGUAGAUGUUUUAACUUUUUUUAACUUUGCAGCUGUGAAAGAUUCAAAUGUGAAAAUGAGUGCUUGAGUAGAUUUGUUAGCACGUGUUUAAAAAGUGGAUUCAAGUCUGUGACAAAGGUUUGCAUGGCUCUUGUGUGUAAUUUUAGUCGAAGCUAAAACGUCUUGUUGAGCAACUUGACACUUUCAUUUACGGCUCACGUUUCAUUGUCAGGAUUCAAGUAUGACAUUUUACACUUCUGAGUUUAGCGCGCCACAUAUAUUGCUGGCGGCAUAUUCGGAAUGCCUGCUUUUAAGUCACUGUAAUAUAAUGAAAUGCAUUCUGUGUGUCUGGUGAAUGUGAUGGUUUUAACUUGCCAUUUGUAUUAACAGAUGACUUUAUGGUUGAUAUGCUUAUUAAGUAUAUGAAAGUGAUGACAAAAUAAAUACAGCUGCACGCCGACAGGUGUGAAAACA